AUGGGGAGGGACCGGAGCCUUUCUAGGCAUUUUCGGAUCUUCAUCCCUAAGAAGCACAGACAGCGCUUUGACGAGAUGGUCUCUCAGAGCCUCCUCAGUCGACUGAGGGGGAGAAGUUUUAGCGAGCACAGCCGUAACCGUCUGCGUCGCAGCCGUAGCGAGGACCACCCCGAGCGCCUGCUGGUGUCCACCCGCGCCAGUUCGGUUCCUCGCGCCGCAAACGAAGACGCCGCAGUGCCCCCGUCCCGUGGCCUCCGGAAGACAACGUCUCUCAUCGCCGGACACUCCAGUUCCAUUGCCAACCGCAGGACGGUGCGAGUGUACAAAGGGAACCAGAGCUUUGGGUUUACUCUUCGUGGCCAUGCUCCUGUCUGGAUUGACUCAGUCAUCCCAGGGAGUCCGGCUGAAAAAGCAGGCCUCAAACCUGGAGACCGCAUCCUUUUCCUCAAUGGGCUGGACAUGAGGAGCUGCUCCCAUGAAAAGGUGGUGUCCAUGCUGCAGGGCAGUGGAGCGAUGCCUACUCUGGUGGUGGAGGACGGGCCACCAGUCUUCACCCUGGCAGAACCAGAUCAGCAGAUGGAGGUGCCUGCCCACUCCCGCUCUCCGGUGCUUAGCUCCCUGCAGUGGGUGGCGGAGAUCCUGCCCCCCAGCAUUCGGGUGCAAGGCCGAACCUUCAGCCAACAGAUGGAACAUCUGCUCACUCUACAAGAGCGCUACACCAUCUGCAAAGCUCUGGAGGCCUUCUUUCAGCACAGAAAUGUGGACACCCUGAUAGUGGAUGUGUUUCCUGUGCUGGAUACACCAGCCAAGCAGGUGAUCUGGCAGUUUAUCUACCAACUCCUGACCUAUGAGGAACAAGAGCAUUGCCAAAACAAGAUCUCACGUUUCCUUGGUUAUAAAAUCACUUUGCCAGCAGUGGAGCCGGAGCCAGCCCCAGAGCCUCACAGGCGGAGUAGUUCGAUGAAGGUUACGGGCACCACCUACCGGAGCAGCGUGAGGGGCAGGAGCUCUGAUGACCUCGUCAUAGGCACUCAUUUAGGAAUGGGCAUCCGAACGGAACCCGUGGAGGUGGGCAUGCGACUAGCCCCAGGAGAGAGACAGUCUGGAGAUGGGACCUCCCUCCCUGAGACUCCUAACAACCUUACCAAUUUGUCUGCAGUGUACGCUGAACUGGAGAACGUGUAUGCUGGAAAGAGGUCAAAGUCCCUGAAGAGUCGACCUCCUCCUCCACCGGACACUCUGGUUAACACUGACGCGUUUGCACACUCAUCCAGUCAGUCCGUACGGGCACGCUCUUCUUCACCAUCUGUCCGUGCUACUUCAGGAAGCCGUAAGUCUAAACCAAUGCAGUGGACGGAGCCCUUACCCAGUCCCCCACAGCCCUCUUACCCUCCGGAGCUGCCCAGUCAGGAGAGUAUUGAGACUAACCCCUACAUUAGCCUGGAAAGUCCUCCUCUCUCUCCGCCCUCCCCUCCGGACCACCCCCCUAGCCCACCCAUCCGUAAGAAACGGUACACCUUCUCUCGGCCCCCCCGCAGUGCAGACACGGACCUGUUUCUGGAUGCACUGAGUGAGCAGCUGGGGCAGCAGAUUACAGUGGAUGAUUUCCUGUCCCCAGAAAAUGACUAUGAGGAGGACGUUGUCCAGAUGACCUUCCAGGAUGAGGAGGAUGAAGAUGUGGAAGAGGAAGAAGAGGAGGGUCCAUUCCUGCCACCAGACCUUAGCAGCGCGAGUGAGAAUCACAGCAGCAGUGGAGAUGCCAGCUCACUCACCUACUCCUCCAGUUCUGAACACAUUCCUCCACCUCCUCUUAGCCCUCCACCACCUCCACCUGUCCAAUUCAAUGAUCCACCUCUACAGAAUCACGACCCACCAAUGCCUGCUGGCUACACCUCUGAACCUGCACCCCGUCAGUUCACCUUUCGACGCCACCCUGGACCUCCACCCCCACCUCCACCCAGGUCCAACCCACCACCCAAGCGUCAGUCUCUGCACAAGGUGUUGCCCACUCGUGAGGAUCUGAUAGCCCACCAAGUAUUGCAAGAGCACCAGUCGUUGCCAGUCCAGCCCACAACUGGUCACCAUGGGCACCCUCUGCAGCAGAUGCAUCAGUCCCUACCUCCCCUGCCUUCCCCAGAUUCAUCAAUUCCCAGCCAUGCUCUGUAUCAGGCUCACCAGGUCCACCACGGUCGUCAAGCCUACCAGGCUAACCAGGCCCUUCAAGGUCUUCAUGCUCACCAAGGUCAUCAGAUUCAUCAAACUCAUCAAGCUCAUCAGAUUUACCAGGUACAUCAGGCUCAUCAGACUCAGCAGUCCUCUCAACUCUCUAGCUCCAUGGACAGGCUUGAUAGGCUUGAUAGGAUGGAAAGGUCAGAUAGACAAAUCUAUCAGAUCUUUGAACCUCAGCCUACUCGCCACACCCAACAGAUUCAUCAGGUUCACCAUUCCCACCAUGCUCACCCAUCUUCCCAGCUUUCCAGCUCCAUGGACAGGCUAGACAGGUUGGAUAGGAUGGAAAGGACUGAGAGACAUGCUCAGCAGAUUCACCAACCUCAACCCUCUUCUCAUUCUGUCCACCAGGUUCAGCAGCUUCACCAGGUUCAAAAGACUCAUCAAGCCCAUCAGACCCAUAAAAGUCAACAGACUCAACAGCAUCAUCAAACACACCAAGCCUAUCAGUCUGCCCAGGCCUCUCAGCCCGUUCACCAGACUCAUCACAUUCAUCAGAUCCACCACAUACACCAAGCCCAGAUGAUUCAGUCAGCCCCACAAUACCACCCCAUUCACCAACCUCACCAGCCACAUCAAACCCCACAGAUCCUCUCCACCUUCCAACCACAACCACCUCCAUCACAACAACAACAACAACAACAACAACAACAGCAGCAGCAGCAAAAGCAACAGCAGCAGCAACAACAACAACAACAACAGCAACAGCAGCAGCUCCAUUCCUCUGCUCAAGCUAGACAGAGUCCUCAGCCCAUGCACCACCAACGCCCACCCCAAACCCAGCCAUCACCCCACCGCUCUGAUCAAACCCACGUGGAACCCCCACCUCCUCCACCUUUACCUCCACCUUGUGUGCCCCCUCCUCUGCCCAAAUCCUCACCUCAGGGGACUGACUCCAGUCACAUGAGUGUGAAGAGACUGCGCUGGGAGCAGGUGGAGAACUCAGAAGGCACCAUCUGGGGACAGUUGGGAGAGGACUCAGAUUAUGACAAACUAAGUGACAUGGUGAAAUACCUGGACCUGGAGCUGCAUUUUGGGACACAAAAGAGCCCAAUCUCUCUUCCAGAACCAGCCCCUCAGCCCGAGUCUUUUAAAAAGAAGGAUGUGAUUGAGAUUCUCUCUCAUAAAAAGGCCUACAAUGCCUCUAUCCUGAUUGCUCACCUGAAGCUGUCACCAGCGGAGCUCCGUCAGGUGUUGAUGACCAUGGCUACUGAGCGGCUGGAACCUGCCCACAUCAAACAACUACUCCUGUACGCCCCAGAUGAGGACGAAGUCAAACAGUACGAACAGUACAGCGAUGAUCCUUCCAAACUCAGCGAGCCGGACCAGUUUGUCCUACAGAUGCUGUCAGUACCUGAGUAUAAAACUCGUUUGAAGAGUCUUCACUUUAAGACGACACUGCAGGAGAAGACAGAGGAGAUGAGAGGAGGGUACGAAUGUGUCUACAAGGCUUCACUGGAACUCAAGAACAGUAAAAAACUUGCCAAAAUCCUAGAGUUUGUACUGGCAAUGGGGAAUUACUUGAACAAUGGUCAACCCAAGAGCAAUAAAACCACUGGUUUUAAGAUCAAUUUCCUCACUGAGCUCAGUACCACAAAAACAGUGGAUGGAAAAUCGACUUUCCUGCACAUCUUGGUUAAAUCAUUGUGCCAACACUUUCCAGAGGUACUGGACUUUGCCAAGGAGCUGAUGACGGUGCCACUGGCAGCCAAAGUAAACCAGAGGAACAUCACUGCAGAUCUAAAUGAUCUACACAAUACUAUUCAGGAUAUCCGCUCUGCCUGCCAGAAAAUGCCAGCCACCCCAGAGGACCGCUUUGCCACUGUCAUGAGUGGCUUUCUAGAGAACAGUCACCCGGCUGUACAGUCUCUGGAGUCACUACAGCAGAGGGCUAUGGAGGAGUUCUCUAAGGUCGCCUCCUUCUUUGGGGAAGACAGUAAAUCCACUACCACUGAGGCCUUUUUUGGAAUCUUUGCUGAAUUUAUGGCCAAGUUUGAGAGAGCCCUCAGUGAUAACCAAUCGACAGAAAACCCAAGGAGUCCUCGCAGCCCACGUAUGGCCUCACCCUUGGCCUGGUAA